AUGAUAAAUUGCAACUGCCUUUCUUUACUUUAUCAACUGAUAUCACUCACUGGCUGUCAUAUGACCUUCAUAAAGAAGUCAUCAACACAACAACUCUUUUUUCUCUCUCUCUCUCCACUCUUUUUCUCUCUCUCUCUCUCCACUCUUUUUCUCUCUCUCUCUCUCCACUCAUUUUUUCUCUCUCUCUCUCCACUGUUUUUUUUCUCUCUCUCUCUCCACUGUUUUUCUCUCUCUCUCUCCACUGUUUUUUCUCUCUCUCUCUCCACUGUUUUUCUCUCUCUCUCCACUGUUUUUUUUCUCUCUCUCUCCACUGUUUUUUUUCUCUCUCUCUCCCUUUUUUUCUCUCUCUCUCCACUGUUUUUUUCUCUCUCUCUCUCCACUGUUUUUUCUCUCUCUCUCUCCCUGUUUUUUCUCUCUCUCUCUCCACUGUUUUUUUUUUCUCUGUUUUUCUCUCUCUCUCCACUCACUUUUUUUCUCUCUCUCCACUGUUUUUCUCUCUCUCUCUCCACUGUUUUUUUUCUCUCUCUCUCCACUGUUUUUUUUCUCUCUCUCACUGUUUUUUUUCUCUCUCUCCACUGUUUUUUCUCUCUCUCUCCACUGUUUUUUUUUUCUCUCUCUCUCUCCACUGUUUUUCUCUCUCUCUCUCCACUGUUUUUUCUCUCUCUCUCCACUGUUUUUUUCUCUCUCUCCACUGUUUUUUUUCUCUCUCUCUCACUGUUUUUUUCUCUCCACUGUUUUUUCUCUCUCUCCACUGUUUUUUUUCUCUCUCUCUCCACUGUUUUUUUUCUCUCUCUCCACUGUUUUUUUCUCUCUCUCUCCACUGUUUUUUCUCUCUCUCUCCACUGUUUUUCUCUCUCUCUCUCCACUGUUUUUUUCUCUCUCUCCACUGUUUUUUUUCUCUCUCUCUCCACUGUUUUUUUUUUCUCUCUCUCUCUGUUUUUUUUUCUCUCUCUCUCCACUGUUUUUUUUUUCUCUCUCUCCACUGUUUUUUUUCUCUCUCUCUCCACUCUUUUUUCUCUCUCUCUCUCCACUCUUUUUUCUCUCUCUCUCUCCACUCUUUUUUCUCUCUCUCUCUCCACUCUUUUUUCUCUCUCUCUCUCCACUCUUUUUUCUCUCUCUCUCUCCACUCUUUUUUCUCUCUCUCUCCACUGUUUUUUCUCUCUCUCACUGUUUUUUCUCUCUCUCUCCACUGUUUUUUUCUCUCUCUCUCCACUGUUUUUUUUUUUUCUCUCCACUCUCUCUCUCCACUGUUUUUUUCUCUCUCUCUCCACUGUUUUUUUUCUCUCUCUCCACUGUUUUUUUCUCUCUCUCUCACUGUUUUUUUCUCUCUCUCUCCACUGUUUUUUCUCUCUCUCUCCACUGUUUUUUUCUCUCUCUCUCCACUGUUUUUUCUCUCUCUCUCCCACUUUUUUUUUCUCUCUCUCUCCACUGUUUUUUCUCUCUCUCUCUCCACUGUUUUUUUCUCUCUCUCUCCACUGUUUUUUCUCUCUCUCUCUUUUUUUCUCUCUCUCUCUCCACUGUUUUUUUUUUCUCUCUCUCCACUGUUUUUUCUCUCUCUCUCCACUGUUUUUUUUUUCUCUCUCUCCACUGUUUUUUUCUCUCUCUCCACUGUUUUUUCUCUCUCUCUCUCCCUGUUUUUUUCUCUCUCUCUCCACUGUUUUUCUCUCUCUCCUCUGUUUUUCUCUCUCUCUCCACUGUUUUUCUCUCUCUCCACUGUUUUUUCUCUCUCUCUCUGUUUUUUUUGUUUUUUCUCUCUCUCCACUGUUUUUUCUCUCUCUCUCCACUGUUUUUCUCUCUCUCUCCACUGUUUUUUUCUCUCUCUCUCCACUGUUUUUUCUCUCUCUCUCUCCCUGUUUUUCUCUCUCUCUCCACUGUUUUUUUCUCUCUCUCUCUCCUCUCUUUUUUUCUCUCUCUCUCUCCACUGUUUUUUUCUCUCUCUCUCCACUGUUUUUUCUCUCUCUCUCCACUGUUUUUUCUCUCUCUCUCCACUGUUUUUUCUCUCUCUCUCCACUGUUUUUUUUCUCUCUCUCUCUCCACUGUUUUUUUCUCUCUCUCUCCACUGUUUUUUCUCUCUCUCUCUCUCCACUGUUUUUUCUCUCUCUCUCUCUCCACUGUUUUUUCUCUCUCUCUCUCCACUGUUUUUUCUCUCUCUCUCCACUGUUUUUUCUCUCUCUCUCUCUCCCUUUUUUCUCUCUCUCUCUCCACUGUUUUUUCUCUCUCUCUCUCUCUCCUGUUUUUUCUCUCUCUCUCUCCACUGUUUUUCUCUCUCUCUCUCCACUGUUUUUUCUCUCUCUCUCUCCCUGUUUUUUUCUCUCUCUCUCUCUCCACUGUUUUUUUUUCUCUCUCUCUCCACUGUUUUUUUUUCUCUCUCUCUCCACUGUUUUCUCUCUCUCUCCACUGUUUUUUCUCUCUCUCUCUCCACUUUUUUUCUCUCUCUCUCUCCCUGUUUUUCUCUCUCUCUCUCUCCACUUUUUUUUCUCUCUCUCUCUCUCCACUGUUUUUUUCUCUCUCUCUCUCUCUGUUUUUUUCUCUCUCUCUCCACUGUUUUUUUUCUCUCUCUCUCUCCACUGUUUUUUUUCUCUCUCUCUCUCCACUGUUUUUUUUCUCUCUCUCUCUCCACUGUUUUUUUUCUCUCUCUCUCUCCACUGUUUUUUUUCUCUCUCUCUCUCCACUGUUUUUUUUCUCUCUCUCUGUUUUUUUCUCUCUCUCCACUGUUUUUUUUUCUCUCUCUCACUGUUUUUUCUCUCUCUCUCCACUUUUUUUCUCUCUCUCUCUCCACUGUUUUUUUUCUCUCUCUCUCUCCACUGUUUUUUUUCUCUCUCUCUCCACUGUUUUUCUCUCUCUCUCUCACUGUUUUUCUCUCUCUCUCUCUCUUUUUUUCUCUCUCUCUCCACUGUUUUUCUCUCUCUCUCUCCACUUUUUUCUCUCUCUCUCUUUUUCUCUCACUGUUUUUCUCUUUCUUUCUCUCUCUCCACUUUUUUUUCUCUCUCUCUCCACUCUUUUCUCUCUCUCUCUCCCUCUUUUUCUCUCUCUCUCUCCCUCUUUUUUUCUCUCUCUCUCUCCACUCUUUUUUCUCUCUCUCUCUCUCCCUCUUUUUUUCUCUCUCUCUCCUCUUUUUUCUCUCUCUCUCUCCCUCUUGUUUUUCUCUCUCUCUCCCUCUUGUUUUUUUUCUCUUUCUCCUCUCUUGUUUUCUCUCUCUCUCUCCCUCUUUUUUUCUCUCUCUCUCCACUCUUGUUUUCUCUCUCUCUCUCCUCUUUUCUCUCUCUCUCCCUCUUUGUUUUCUCUCUCUCUCUCCACUCUUGUUUUCUCUCUCUCUUUCUCCCUCCUUUUUUUUCUCUCUCUCUCCCCUCUUUUUUCUCUCUCUCUCUCCACUCUUUUUUUCUCUCUCUCUCCACUCUUGUUUUUCUCUCUCUCUUUCUCCACUCUUGUUUUUCUCUCUCUCUUUCUCCACUCUUGUUUUUCUCUCUCUCUUUCUCCACUCUUGUUUUUCUCUCUCUCUUCUUUUUUCUCUCUCUCUCUCCUCUGUUUUCUCUCUCUCUCUCCCUCUUUUUUUCUCUCUCUCUCUCUUUUUCUCUCUCUCUCUCCACUGUUUUUUUCUCUCUCUCUCCACUUUUUUUUCUCUCUCUCUCUCCACUUUUUUUUUCUCUCUCUCCCUUGUUUUUCUCUCUCUCCACUGUUUUUUCUCUCUCUCUCCACUUGUUUUUCUCUCUCUCUCCACUGUUUUUCUCUCUCUCCACUGUUUUUUUCUCUCUCUCUCCCUUGUUUUUUCUCUCUCUCUCUCCACUUUUUUUUCUCUCUCUCUCCACUUUUUUUCUCUCUCUCUCUCUCUUUUUUUUUUCUCUCUCUCUCUCUCUCCACUCUUUUUUUUCUCUCUCUCACACUUCUCUCUCUCCACUCUUUUUUCUCUCUUCCCAUUUUUCUCUUUAUUCUUCUCUUUCUAGUCUCUUUAUUCUUCUCUUUCUAUCUCUUUAUUCUUCUCUUUCUAGUCUCUUUAUUCUUCUCUUUCUAGUCUCUUUAUUCUUCUCUUUCUAUCCCUCUUUUUUCCUUUUCUUUCUCGCCUCUCUUUCUUCCUCGUCUUUCUUCCUCGCCUCUCUUUCUUCCCUCUCUUUCUUCCCUCUCUUUCUCGCCUCUCUUUCUUCCUCCUCUUUCUCGCCUCUCUUUCUUCCUCCUCUUUCUAGCCUCUCUUUCUUCCUCCUCUUUCUAGCCUCUCUUUCUUCCUCCUCUUUCUCGCCUCUCUUUCUUCCUCCUCUUUCUCGCCUCUCUUUCUUCCUCCUCUUUCUCGCCUCUCUUUCUUCCUCAUUUCUUCCUAUGUUUGGUUUCAUCCAGAAAGCCAUCUUUUGCUUCUCUACUAUAUUGUCACCUUUCUUUACUAGGGCUUCUUUUUCAAUUCAUUUUUGA